AUGGCAAUCUUGCCGAAUAUAUCAAGGCCGAACACGUCAAAGCCGGACAUUCAGGAAGGUGUUCCUAUGGAAUACUGUCGAGGAUACUCUGCCGAUGUGGAUGUCAUUCGAAGGGAGGAGUAUCCUCUGCUCAAUGGAACUACCUAUCUUGAUCAUGCUGGAACAACACCCUAUGCCAAGUCUACCAUUGAAGGCUUCUCGCAUGAUCUAGUGUCUAACUUGUUUGGGAAUCCUCAUUCGAUGUCUCUAUCUUCGCAGUUAUCUACCCAGCGGACAGAUGAUGUUCGAGUUCGCAUGCUGCGAUUCUUCAACGCGGACCCAAAUGAGUUUGACCUUGUAUUUGUGGCUAAUGCAACCGCGGGAAUCAAGCUAGUUGCAGAAUCAAUGCGAGAUUCAGAUCACCGAGGAUUUUGGUAUGGUUAUCACUCCGAUUCCCAUACCAGCAUUGUCGGUGUGCGAGAGCUGGCUGGAAUGGGAUACUCAUGUUUCCAAGGUGACGAGGAGAUGGAACUUGGGAUCUCAGAGCUGGCCAACAAUCAGUCCAAAGCACCUCGACUGAUCGCGUACCCAGCCCAAUCAAAUAUGAAUGGCCGCCGCCUACCUAGGCGCUGGUGCGAGCAAGUUCGCGAUGUGUCAAACAAAAGCGGUGGAAAUGUUUACACUUUGUUGGAUGCUGCCUCACUUGUAUCAACUGCCCCUCUUGACCUAGGACCAUCCUCAUCUGCACCAGACUUCACUGUUCUCAGCUUCUACAAAAUAUUCGGAUUUCCCGAUCUAGGGGCUUUGAUAGUUCGGAAAAGUGCGGCGCGAAUUCUUGAAGGACGCAAGUUCUUCGGCGGAGGCACCGUUGACAUGGUCGUCGCAGCCGGAGCCCAAUGGCAUGCGAAGAAAGAGACCUCUAUCCAUGAACGUUUGGAAGAUGGUACCCUGCCAUUUCAUAGUAUCAUUGCCCUGGAUGCGGCCUUGGACACGCACCAACGAUUGUACGGUUCCAUGUCAAACAUCUCGGCUCAUACGGGCUUCCUUACCAAGGAAGUCUACGACAGACUUUCUGCGUUGGCACACUUCAAUGAAACAAAAGUCUGUCAAAUCUAUCAAUCAAACUCCUCGUCAUAUGCAAACUUGCAGACCCAAGGCCCCAUAAUCGCGUUCAAUCUUUGCAACAGUCGUGGUGAAUGGAUUCCAAAGACAGAGGUCGAGAAGCUGGCUACUGUUCAGAAUCUCCAGAUCCGUACUGGGUCAGUGUGCAAUCCAGGCGGAACUUCUUCCUACCUUGGCUGGACUGGGCCUGAACUUCGAAAUCAUUAUUCGACUGGAUUGCGUUGUGGUGACAGCCAUGAUGUUUUAGGCGGGCGGCCGACUGGCAUUUUGCGUGUUAGUUUGGGUGCAAUGACCAACAUGGGAGAUAUCGACUCUCUGUUUAGCUUCAUUGAGGAGUUUUAUGUGGAAAAGAUUCCACCCAUCGUUUGUUUAGAGCCGAUAGCGGCAAACAGUGAGGUUGUUGCACCGCAUUUCUAUGUUGAAAGCCUAGCAGUCUUCCCAAUCAAGAGCUGUGGUGCUUUCAAAAUCCCCAAGGGCAAGCGUUGGGAGGUUAAGAGCGAAGGACUGGCCUGGGACCGAGAAUGGUGCUUGAUACACCAAGGAACAAGCGCAGCACUCAACCAGAAGCGAUAUCCACGCAUGUGCUUGAUAAGACCUUCAAUAGACAUUGACAAAGGCGUUCUCCGAAUUACCUGCGGCGCUAUAGCAGCGCCAGAUCAAGUCAGUCUUGAGAUUUCACUCGGUUGGGAGGAUACAAGCCUUGUGUCCACUUCAUUCUGUCCAAGUUCAACCAAGAAGCCAACGACAGUGUGUGGAGAGCCAGUGUCUCUGCACGCAUACACAUCACCGGUGGUUUCGGCAUUCUUUUCGGAUUUCCUGGGUGUCCCCUGUACGCUCGCAAGGUUCCCUACCCAAACCGCAAUUCGAUACUCCCGCCAACCACGCAUGAACAAUACAUGGAAAAGCAGAUUCCGCAAUUUCCUCAUGCCUGGCUCUUUUCCCUCAGAUUUCUCAUCUCCAGUGCGCGAUCUUGAUCAAGUCAAAAUCUCUCUUUCCAAUGAUUCACCUAUUCUCGUUGUAUCACGGUCAUCUGUCAACCGCCUCAACGAGACCAUCAAGGCAAAUAGUAAGGUUGGGAAUAGCAAGACUGUUGCAGCAGAUGUCUUUCGCGGGAAUAUUGUUGUGGCUGAACGGCUUGCGCAUCGCGGUGAUGUGGAACAGCCCUAUGCCGAGGAUAAUUGGUCAUCGCUCCGGAUUGGGCCAAGUCAACUACGUUUUGAUGCUCUAGAUGCAUGUCAGAGAUGUCAAAUGGUCUGCAUCGACCAAUUCACUGGGGUUCGGCGCGAUGAGCCAUUCUCAACCCUUGCUAAGACUAGGAACCUUGGUGGGAAGGUCUCCUUUGGCCGAUAUGCAACUCUUGCAUCUGAUGAAAGUGAUGGAUACGAUACUGAGAAACCCGGACGCCGAACAGUCAUGGUUGGAGACGUGGUUGUACCAUUCUCUCCUCAAUACUAA